CCAAGUUGUACCCAUUCCACAGUUUUCCUUUAAUUCUUAAUCUUCAGGGAUUUGUAACAAGAUGAUCAGAACAAAAUAGUGAAGAGUCUGUCGUAAUAUUCAGAAGGAAAAGUAUGCAUUUCUCGAUGCACCAAGAAUGCUUUCAACAUGAAAGGACUAGUCAUUUUUUGUGGAAUUCUCCCAAUCCUGUUAGUACUCAGUAAUCUUCAAGAAUCUACAAGCUCUCCUCCAAAUCAAACCCAAGUAGUAACUCUGGAUGAGAAUGAAGAAGCUCAGUUCCUCUUUGUUACACCUGAUAUUCAAAGCACAUGUAAUUUCAAGCUCUCUUACAAUGGAGUGACUUUCAAUAUCAAUGGAAAAGAGACCUUUUCGCAUAAAUAUUCAUAUGAAAAACUUCUCAGAUCAUCAGUUCACAUCCAUUCUGCUUUUGGAUUCUUUGGGGUGUCUCUUAGCAUCAGAAACACACAUGCAACAGAUAGGGGAACCUAUCAAUGUACAUUCACAUGCAAUACAACUACAGUCAUUCAGAAAGUAAAACUACUGAUUUACUACCCUCCUGGGCCAGUGGACUGUAACUGGGUUGAUAAUAAGGAAAAGAUUCCUCUUGAAGCGGCAACAUUUUUCAACCUCUCUGUCCUUCGCUGCAACGGUCGGAAUAGCUACCCCAAGGCAGACGUCUUGUGUUACUCCAACAGAAAAGACAAUACCCUCAUACACACUCCUCUUCACAUUACAGGCAGCAAGUUCUACUCUGCAACAUUCUGGUUGAAGAGGCACCAGGACCUAUCUUGCUGUUCGGUCAGCACAAGGUUCACCAAGAAUAUACAAGACUGUGAUGACUUCCACUCCUUACAACAUUCAACAAAACCUACAAAUAAGCUGGGCAUCUCUUCAACUGUUCAGACAACAGUCAGAGAGACAGAAGAAGAAUCUACAAAGCAAGACGUAGAACAAACUGAAGCAAAUCUCCUACUUGAUCAACACAGCAGAGACUGUGAACUUCAUCUUUGUUCAUAUACUGAAUAUCGUGCUGCUGUAAUUACACUUACAAUCCUUUGUGUAGCACUUGCUCUCUUAAUUUUUGCAAAACCAUUCGAGAAAACUGAUCAUAAUAUCCUUAAAUAUACUUAA